AUGUCAUCGCUCAAUAACAGCACAGAGAGAGCCUGGAUAGGACUGUCCCGGGACACCUGGAGGUGGUCCCUGUCAGACCCAAGUUUCUACAAACCCGGGGAGACGGACUUCAGACGAUGGGGGCCAGGACAACCAGAUGUUGGACACAGUGGAAAGGUCUGCACAGCAAUUAGUCCACGUGAUGGACUCUGGUACGACCACGGUUGUGACGAGAGACGUUAUCCAGUGUGUGUAGAUGUCAGAGGGUCAGAGGUGAAUUUUGUCAUCAUCGAAAAUGCCCUGACCUGGACUGGAGCCCAGAACUACUGCAGAGCUAAAUACACAGACCUGGCCAGCGUGAGGGACAUGGUAGAGAACCAGAAGAUACAACCGAUGCUAGGUGGAGGAGGUGUAUUCUGGUUUGGCCUCUUCAGAGACUCCUGGAAGUGGUCUGAUGGAAGUUCCUCCUCAUUCAGCUUCUGGAAGACCGGGCAACCUAAUAACAUCAACGGGAACCAGACCUGCGUGGCUGCAGACUUCAGCCAAUCAGGAGCUUGGGAGGGUUGGUCAUGUGACAUGGAGAGAGCUUUCAUUUGCUACGGUCCAGGUGUACCAGUGUCCAUGGUGAUCAUCACUGUCAUCAUCAUCACUGUCUUCAUCUCUGGGCUGCCGCUGACCAUCAUCUGCAUUCGGAGGAAGUGCAAAUCUGAUGGUUUGAACAGCGGAGGAAACUCAGAUGGCGUAAACAUGGAGGUCGUCCCGGACCAUGACUACGUCAACUUUUGUCCACAUUCCACCCACAAGGACUGAACCUACCAGAGCCUGGAUCUAGCCAGCAGGGACCAGGACCAGGACCAGGACCACACCUACUCUACGCUCUCACGAAUACUGCAAUAAUCUUACAAAUAAUAAUAAUCUUACAAUAUUAAUAAUAAUAAUUUUACAAAUCCAACAUGGAGAAUGCCCCCCACACCUGCUCAUCAAAUACACACACACACACACACACACAC